AUGGCGUCUGACCCUGAACAACCCCCGCUUUCCUCUUUCUCACAGGAAAGAAAGUCGUCCGCGGAGGUUAUAACUGAAAGGGAGCCUCUGCUUAAUGGGUUUCAUGCCUCUGAAAACUAUUCCAUCUCUGCUGCGAUUCUCCCAUUUCUCUUCCCAGCUUUUGGUGGUCUACUAUUUGGCUAUGACAUUGGUGCCACAUCUAGUGCAACUGUCUCCAUCCAGUCACCAUCACAAAGUGGAAUAGCUUGGUAUAACUUAGACUCUGUUCAAAUUGGCCUUCUUACUAGUGGAUCGUUAUAUGGUGCCUUAAUAGGCUCUCUGUUGGCCUUCAAUAUUGCUGACUUCCUAGGGAGAAGAAGAGAGCUGAUUGUAGCUGCACUGCUGUAUCUUGUUGGAGCACUUAUAACAGCAUUAGCUCCUAAUUUUCUUGUAUUGGUGGUUGGGAGAUUGGUAUUUGGAAUAGGAAUUGGAUUGGCAAUGCAUGCUGCUCCAAUGUACAUUGCAGAGACAGCUCCAACGCCAAUACGUGGACAACUAAUCUCUCUGAAAGAAUUCUUUAUAGUGAUUGGGAUCGUUGCAGGGUAUGGACUAGGUAGCUUGUGGGUAGACACUGUUGCUGGAUGGCGGUAUAUGUUUGGAAUUAGUAGCCCUAUUGCAGUAAUAAUGGGGUUUGGAAUGUGGUGGCUCCCAGCUUCUCCUAGAUGGCUGCUUUUGCGUGCUAUACAGAGAAAAGGAGAUGUUCAGAAUUUGAAAGAGUCGGCAAUUCGUAGUUUGUGCCAGCUUCAAGGUCGGACAUUUCACGAUUCUGCGCCUCAGCAAGUAGACGAGAUAAUGGCAGAGCUUUCUUAUAUAGGUGUAGAAAAUGAGGUUACCUUUGUAGAAAUGUUCCGUGGAAAAUGCAAGAAGGCCCUUGUGAUUAGUGCAGGAUUGGUUUUGUUUCAACAGAUCACAGGGCAACCAAGUGUUCUCUACUACGCCGCAUCAAUCCUUCAGAGUGCAGGAUUCUCAUUAGCAUCUGAUGCUACCCGGGUCUCUAUUCUCCUUGGUGUAUUCAAGUUGAUUAUGACCGGAGUGGCUGUUGUCGUUGUUGAUAGACUUGGAAGGAGACCUUUACUACUUGGAGGAGUUUCUGGAAUAGUGGUCUCCUUAUUCUUACUGGGUUCAUAUUACAUAUUCUUGGAUAACGCGUCAGUUCUUGCUGUAGUUGGUCUGCUACUCUAUGUCGGGUGUUAUCAGGUUUCCUUUGGUCCAAUGGGUUGGCUUAUGAUAGCAGAGAUUUUUCCCUUGCGCUUAAGAGGUCGAGGACUCAGUAUAGCAGUUCUCGUCAAUUUUGCAGCAAACGCCCUUGUUACAUUCGCCUUUUCCCCACUGAAGGAUUUACUGGGAGCAGGAAUUUUGUUUUACAUAUUUUGCGGAAUAGCCGUGGUGUCGCUUGCAUUCAUAUACUUCAUUGUACCAGAAACCAAAGGGCUUACACUAGAGGAAAUUGAAGCAAAAUGCCUGUAA